AUGCAUAUCGUAGGGAAAGGUGGAGCAAACAUACUGUUAGAUUAUGAUGAUCCGGUUUAUUUAUAUAGAUGUUGUGUCAAAUUUCCCGAGUCAGUGAAGUUAAAUAAUAGAUAUGUAAAUGAGAAUUACAAGUUUAUACGAGAAAAAGUCCUGCCAUUACUAGGAGAUUAUGUCUGCCCCAUGGAGCAAUGUUCUAUACCACUAGGGAAUAUCUAUCCAGUAUAUUCUCAGUAUGUAAACGACACAGAAGCUGAUAUGACGUCUAGAGUGGAAGUGUUGAAGAUUCCAAAUCUAAGGCCUUCUUCGAGAUUUACUAUGAUUCUGAAAUCAGACCACUUGACUAAGAUUUAUUCGAACGAUACUAGGACGAAUAUCCUUCUGGAAAUUAAACCGAAAUGGUUACAUAAUCCGUAUCACUAUUGCAGAAAUUGUACACAUAAUGAUUUCAAGGGUAGAGAAAUAAAAUACUGUUAUAGCAGAUUACUCAACGAUCCUACUCAUUUAUAUGAUAUUCUAAUGGAUGUUACAAGCUCUUUACCACGGAAUUUUGUUGAUGUAAUGCUAGAGUACUUAAGAAACGAUUCAAAUAUCUUGAGAAGGCUUCAUGAUAUUCAGAAAUCUUUGUCCAGAAAGGAGCUAAGAUACGAAAUUGAUUGCAUUGCCGCCGUCACGGAAGACUUACAAUUGCUUAUGACAUUGAGAGACGUCACUUGUUUCAUCGAAUGGGACGUUUUAACUACUGAUCUAAAGAUCAACGUUGUAGAUGUAGACCUCAAAUUGAAGGAUAAAUGGACACACUGGAAUAAAACGAACAAAUCCCUGGAUACACACCAAGAGAAGCACUAUCAUGACUGA